AUGCAGCUGCUUAGAAAUGAGCAAAAUGUGUCUGGUGUAACUUUUGCUUUGAUGUCUGAAGAUAUAAAGAAAGAAGUCAAGAGAACCAAGGAUUUGGAGAAAAGUGGUAUACCCAGAAAAAAUGACAUAAACUUAAAAGAAAUUAUAUUUGUCAUCCAGAGUCAAAGCAAUUCUUUUCAUGCCAAGAGAGCAGAACAACUGAAAAAAAGAAUUUUAAAGCAGGCUGCAAAUCUUACACAGGAACUCCCCAGGGUCCUCCUUCUCCAUCAGCUGGCUACGCAGGAAGGUGCAUGGACCAUACUUCCAUUGUUACCACACUUUUCUAUAACAUAUAGCAGAAAUUCAUCAUGGAUUUUCUUCUGUGAAGAAGAGACAAGAAUUCAAAUUCCAAAACUCUUAGAAACACUCAGACGCUAUGACCCAUCGAAGGAAUGGUUUUUAGGAAAAGCACUGCAUGAUGAAGAAUCUACAAUAAUUCACCAUUAUGCCUUUUCUGAAAAUCCUACAGUUUUUAAAUAUCCAGAUUUUGCUGCCGGCUGGGCUCUUAGUAUUCCACUUGUUAACAAGCUCACCGAGAGGUUAAAGAGUGAAUCCUUGAAAUCUGACUUUACAAUAGAUUUAAAACAUGAGAUUGCCCUCUACAUCUGGGACAAAGGUGGAGGACCUUCCCUUACGCCAGUGCCCGAGUUUUGUACAGAAAUUAUGGACUCAAGCUGCGCUACCACAUUUCAUUCCUUUCUGCCCCUUUGUGGAAAACCAGUGAAGAAGGAAGAUAUUUUUGUCGCAGUAAAAACAUGCAAGAAAUUUCAUGGUGACAGAAUACCCAUUGUAAAGCAGACUUGGGAGGGACAGGCAAGUCUCGUCGAGUACUACAGUGACUAUGCGGACAGUGCCAUCCCUACUGUGGAUUUGGGGAUCCCUAAUACAGACAGAGGUCAUUGUGGAAAAACAUUUGCCAUUUUGGAAAGAUUUUUGAAUCAUAGCUAUGACAAAAUAACAUGGCUAGUCAUUGUGGAUGAUGAUACAUUAAUAAGCAUCUCCCGGCUCCAGCACCUGCUUAGCUGCUACGACUCCAGUGAGCCUGUGUUUCUGGGCGAGCGCUACGGCUAUGGUCUGGGCACUGGUGGCUACAGCUACGUCACUGGAGGAGGGGGCAUGGUCUUCAGCAGAGAAGCCAUCAGGAGACUUCUUGCCAGUAAGUGUCAGUGCUACAGCAAUGAUGCACCAGACGACAUGGUUCUGGGCAUGUGCUUCAGCGGCUUGGGAAUCCCAGCGACACACAGUCCCCUCUUCCAUCAGGCCCGGCCAGUGGAUUACCCUAAGGACUACCUUUCUCAUCAGAUUCCCAUAUCAUUCCACAAGCACUGGAACAUCGAUCCGGUGAAGGUAUAUUUCACGUGGUUGGCACCUAGGGAAGAAGACAAAGCUGCACGGCACACACAAGAAGGCGUCAGGGAAGAGUUGUAAGGCGGGGCGCCCGCGAGCAGCUUGAGGAAGACGCAGAUGUGGAGCCUUGGCUUCACUCACCGUGCUGUCUCUGCAGUACUGCUUGGUGACUCCACGUGGCACCGGGCACUUCCUGACUAUGGGAAAUAAUGUAAUUGGCAUUUUUUGACAUGGAAGGAACAGGAGUCAUGGGGUAAAAUAAUUUUUUUUUCUGGGAAAAAUCACUUGCUUUUGACUUACACACUUAUUAUAAUACAGUGAUUACUGUGCAUUUUUCAAGCUGUGUGACACAGCAGCUUUUUACUGCCACAGGAAAAUAAAUGGUACCAGAAGUCCCUUUCCUCUUCUUUCUCUAUGUUAUGCUGAGUUUCACUUGGGCAUAAUCCAGAGAUGUGUCUGUUGUCCCUAGGUAAAGCAGCGUGAGUGUCUUUUGUCCUGGACUUUGGCAAGGCAUGAACUUUUAAACCAUACUAUCCAAGAUGACAUUUGGUUCCUGGGAACUCAGUAGGAAGGAUGUUGUAUUGAGAAUCCUUUGUAAAACACCCUAAAAGUCUUAACUACGGAAUCCCCUGUAGUUUACAUAGUCACGAUCGUUUUAUCUGUUCUUUUGUUUGCGCUUCCUAAGAAGAGAACAGGAGGUCUUCUGCUGGCACCUCCUGUUUGUUUAGAAGUGCACCUGGGUGCCAUUUUUCCCUGAAGCCUGGUUUUUAUGGCCACUGGCAAGGAAGAGUACUGGGCGCUGCCAGAAAGCAGUGUCCUCAGCCUUGAACAGCAAGAUUAUGAGCUCCGCGUGAGUCUCAGGGAGUGAGUUGUGUUUGAACAUGGUGUUUUACUUUUGUCUUUUUUUGGCUGUUACUGAUGCCUUUUCUGGCUCAGAAUGGACAAUUCCAACCCCAGUGAGGAAAUCCUUAUAGAAGGACAGUGUGAUGAUCUUGCAGUUCCUCUGGCUUUUUAAACAGUGACCCUUGAACACUGUAUCCUGAAACAGCUGUAAUUUUCAAAUCAUAUGUUUAAUAUAUAGUAAUUUAACAUUCUGCAUUAAUGUAUAAAAUUAUUCUAUAUUUUAAUGUUUUAAUUAUAUAAUUCAGUUUUGUAAAGGUAUUUACAUGAGAUUUGAUUUUAAUACAUUGUAAAUUAAUUUUAGUAUAGUAAAAUAUUUUCUUUUCCUUUUUUAAAAAUAACUGUUCAUUAACUUUGCUUAUAAUACUUUUUGUAGCCAAGCAGAGUAUUAAGCCAUACUUCCAAAAGUACGUUAUGUAUGUAUGUUGUUUUUUAACAAUAUAUUUUUCAUGUAGCUUAGACCUGACUCAUGCACAAUGAUGCAACAGUAUUUUUCCAUAUAUCAAAUACCAGCAUGAGUGUAUUUCAGUUCUGGUAUAACAUGUGCUACUACAGUCUUUUAAUGGAGUGCACUGGAUUCAGUUUGUGAAAUGGAAUUUUGGGAUUCAUCUGAGGAAAGGGCCAAGGGCUAUUUGCUGGAUAAAAAACACCAGGGGACUUUUGAGUUCCAUGGAGCUGCCCUGAUGGUGUCAGGAUCAUCGCCAUCAUAACAGGGACUUUUGUUGGUACCAGUAUAUCGUCUUCCUGUCCUCUGUCCUAGAGGGCCCUGUCUGCAUACAUCAGUAGAAGAGUCUUCAGUUCUUCCUGCAUCUGCUACUAAUUGUUCCCACCCAGAGACAUUUCAUUUGGUGGGAUUGAACCCAGCGUGUCAAGCUUUCUUCUGUGUAAUGAUCAGUGCCUUCUAUUACUUCUAGAGAUCAUCUGCUGGUACCUCUUGGUGUUUUGUUAAUUAUGUUUACUUGUUGGAACUGUGUUAACUCUAACCAUGAAUAAAACGUCUUUUCCUAAAUUUCUGAUUUCUCAAAUGU